UGUUUUUAUUCAAAUGACCAAUCAUCAAUUUAAUUGAUGCGAAAUUUGCCAUUUCCAAUUUAGUUUUGUGAUAAAAUCAAAUUAGUUAAGAUCUAUAUAAAUAGUCGAAGAAGGUCAUUAAAUAAGAAACAACACAGCUGUUAAUUUCUUGAAAUUGAUCGGAAACUCUCUCUCUCAAACGAUCAAUCAUGGGAUCGGAGACAGUACACAAACUUGGUGUGAUAGAAUUCACAGACAAGAACACAAACCCUGAGACAGAAUCAUGGUGGGAGACAUGCAAAAAGGUAGUUGAUGCUCUAGAAGAAUAUGGUUGCUUUGUAGCAGUGUACGACAAACUCACCCAUGAAAUACACAAAGAAGCAUUCUCAUCACUGCAACAGCUAUUCGAUCUCCCAACUCAAACAAAGGUCCAAAACAAGUCCUCUAAGCCCCUCUACGGCUACGUCGGCCAAAUCCCCUUCCUUCCUCUCUACGAAAGCAUGGGCAUCGACGACGCCCACACCAUCCAAGGAAUCCAAAAUUUCUCUAACGUCAUGUGGCAUAAUGGAAACCCCGCCUUCGAUGAAAAUCUUGUGGUGUACACAAAGUUGGCGGCGGAGGUGGAGAGGAUAGCAGUGCGAAUGGUGUGUGAGAGCUAUGGUGUCGGAAAACACUACGACUCAUACGUGGAAUCUGCAAACUACCUGUGCAGAGUGAUGAAGUACAGAGAGCCUAAGAUUGGUGAAAAUAAAAUGGCAUUUGUGACACACACAGACAAAAGUUUUAUGUCAACUAUCCAUCAAAAUCAAGUUGAUGGUCUCCAGAUUAAAGCCAAAGAUGGUGAAUGGUUCACCGUUCAUCACCUCUCUCCCUCCUCCAUCAUCGUCAUGGCUGGUGAUGCAAUUAUGGCAUGGAGCAAUAAGAGGAUUAAAUCCCCCCAUCACAGAGUGACAAUGGAGGGAAACGAAGCAAGAUACUCGAUCGCCCAAUUCUCAUUCAUGGAGAAAGAUAUGGUGGCAACGCCCGAUGAAUUUGUGGACCAAGAUCAUCCACUGCAAUACAAGCCAUUUGAUCACCUCAAAUUUCUUGAUUUUUUCAGCCAAGAAGAGAACCGAAGGCUGGAGAGUGCUAUCACAACCUAUUGUGGCGUUUCACAGUAAUGCCAUUUCCCAACUGUUUUAAUAAAUUGUGUGCAAGGAAACUAACAAUGGCAUUGGUGUGUAUUGGUUUUCAUUGUUGGUUUGCAACUUAAUUAAUUAUAGGAGUUUUUGUUUUGCAAAAAUGUAAGUGUGCGGGGCUAUAUACCUUCUUGUACUUGCUGUUUGGAAUAAUAAAAUUUCAACUACUAUUUGUUUUGGAA